CAAGGACCGCCAUUUUGAGAAGUCACCAUGACAACUAAGCUAACCGCUGAGAUUAUCRCYGGCACAUUUAGAAAUUAAAAAUGGCGGACCGUAUCGGCUGUUGAGUUAAAAGAAAAGAURAAAAUAUUAACAAUGAACGAUUCAUUAGGCAAUUCAAUCUGGCUCAUACUCGUUGCAAUAUUGUGGGGUUCUACAAAUCCUUUAAUCAAGAAGGGAAGUGUUGGAAUAGAGAAUAUCAAAAGAAACAAUGCAAUCACGCAGUUCUUGGCUGAARUUAAGUUUCUUGUAUUUAACUGGAAGUAUAUGGUUCCUUUCUUGUUGAAUCAAAGUGGAUCAGUGUUGUUUUAUUUGACACUUGCAUCAGCUGAUCUCUCACUAGCAGUUCCAAUAACAAAUGCUUUAACAUUCAUUAUAACAAUACUGUCAGGGACGUUACUGGGCGAGGAAAGCGUUUCAUUGGAGACUUACAUAGGAAUGGCCCUUGUAAUGGCAGGAGUUUCUCUUUGCGUGGUUGACAAGGCAUGAAUUGUCUUGAUUAACGUCAAUGAAAAUACGUCAAAUAUAGAGGGAACUCAACUGGUGUGRCAGGGAGAUCUCAAACCAAUUGUGUAUGAAGUGUCAUCAAAAGCCAUUCAAAGGAAAUUGUCCAAUGUGCUUUCUUUCAAUGAAGGAAUGAAAACGUUUUGCUCUAUUCAGGGAAAACUAAUGUGAACAKUCUGCACUGUUCCAGACCUUAUAUUCGGGCACUGAACCUGAUAUAGAGGCCCUGCGUGAACGUCUUUUGAACAAAACGUCUUGUAGUGGAAGUACYCAAAAAGACGUGUGAAAUGUUGAAAAAAUCUGGACRUCAGCGAAUCGCACAACUUUGCCCUCGCUAUAAUUGAUGACGGAAGUGCUGCCUUAAAAAAGUAACGAGCACGAAAACGCUUCAGGUUGUCGUUGAUCAAAAUUARCUGGAGAGGAUCAUGUCGAACAUAUAUCAAGGCAGGUAGCCUCUGGCCUGGGUGUGACAAAAAGAAUACUACCGUUUUUGUCCGGGUAUACUUUAAAUCUUUAAUGUAUAUUUACAGCGCAUUAGUCAAGUCACGCCUUGACUAUUGCUGUGGUGUCUGGGAUUCCCUAGAUAAUGGCCCGGCAGACAAGUUACAAAAAAUUCCAGAACAGAGCAACCGGGACACAGACAAUCGCGCACCUGGUAUUCAGGUUACUUAACUGGCACAGCCUAGAGGAAGCAGGAACCACGUACAAAGCAAAUAUACAGAAAAUACUAUUCUCUCCAAUUUYCACAUUACAACGAAAAGUCAUUUAUGGAGUCGUAAAUUACGAAUAAGAACUAGAAGUACAAAGAUAUUGUCUAUCCUAUCAUGACGUUUUUUGACUUACUAUAUUGCAAAGGGUAUCUAUAAUCAAAUGUUUUUCGAUAUUUCAUAAUAAAUCUUUCCAUGUACGUAAUUUAAAAGCAAAAAUAACUGCUCUGCUUCACUAUAUAAAAACUAUACUGGAGUCAUUAUUUACAUGAACUACCGAAGUGUCUUUCUAAAGAUAGUGGGCAAGGUACGCCGUUGCGUUGUGCCACAAAAAGGCGUAUUGUUUCUCUAUUACCAUUUCAUUUAUGGUUUUCUCGUGAACUCUUCGGCUUGUGCAAUAUUUGUCCCACUUCAGGCUUUAUGGAAUACAAUAAAUCAUUUGCGAAUUGUCAAACAUAAAAGAAUCAAGACGAGGCGUUUGUCUCUACACGAAUGACUGUGUGUACGGCGCCUCGUCUUGAUUCCUUUGGGUGUGACUAUCGAGACACAAUUCGCAAGUAGGAUAUUCUUCGCUUUCCAUCAAAAUUUUGGAAGAUACAUAACAGCAAAGACUAUUUACAAGUGGGCUCACUCGGUGGGACAAACAUUGCUGAAACCGAUGAAAUCUAUUAUUGUUAUUAUUAUAUUCACUCAAAAAUAUAACCACACCUUGAAUAUCAAAACUAGUUUAUUUUGUACCAAAGAUUUAUUACAGUUACAGAUAUUUAUCACGAGUCCUUAAAAAAGCCAUUUGAAAAACAUUUUUUUCCUAAAGUUUUUAGUUUGUACUAGUUCAUUUGAAAAUUGAAACAAAACAUUAAAAGAAACUUUAACAGUAUCACAAAAUACAUUUAUACUAAAUACACAAGUCAUGAGUUUCAUAAACCUGUGCAGUAUAGUUUAGCGCCUCUUCUUACUUAUAACUAUUGAAAUUUAUCACAGAUUUGUUUCAUGAGGUUAUGAAAACCACUUUACGUAUUAACUUAUCUUAAAUAGUGCAGACAAAUUUAAGGUGUCUUUUUACAAAACCAAUUGGGUUUGUUUUUAUAAAAUAUCAAUUCUACCUAGAUUAUCAAUUAACUUGUGCGGAAGGACGGCUUAAAUAGCAAAACUAAAGUCACGCAACUAUCACCUUUUUAAGGAGUAGAGCGUGACAUCUUUUAAAACAUUCAAAACAAAGGGCUCUACUUCGUUAUUGCGUGACAUUAAGACACGCCUAAAAAUGCGAGAGAAAUUGCUC